CCCGCGGCGCUUCCCGCCCCGCGCGGCCCCUCAGCGCCGCCCGCCAUGUUCGCGGAGCUGAACGAGCUGCUCGGGGCCUCCCCGGAGCGCCCGGACGCGGGUAAAUUCACACUGCUGCGAGACACCCGGACAGAUGGCAGCUUCCUGGUGCACCACUUCCUCUCCUUCUACCUCAGAGCUGGCUGCAAGGUUUGCUUUGUGGCCCUGCUCCAGUCCUUCAGCCACUACAACAUCGUGGCGCAGAAGCUGGGAGUCAGUCUGGCAGCUGCCAAGGAGCGGGGACAGCUUGUCUUCCUGGAGGGCCUCAAGUCCUGCCUUGACCUCCUGUUUGGGGAGGAGGAGCAGCCAGGACAGCCCAGUCCUCUGCAGUUUCUGAGCGGGAGCACCUGUGACCUGCGAGCCUUGUUUGACUUUGUCCGGGUGUCCCUGAGCGCCGCUGAUUCCUGGAAAGGCCCCGUGCUGCUGGUGGAUGACCUCAGUGUCCUGCUGAGCCUGGGGGCUGCGCCGGUGGCCGUGCUGGACUUCAUCCACUACUGCCGCGUGUGCGUGUGCUGCCAGCUGAAGGGCAACGUGGUGGUGCUGGUUCACAGCAACGAGGAUUCGGAAGAUGAGGAGAACGAACUGGUUGUGAACUCCCUGUGUCAUCACAGCGACCUCAUCCUGUGGGCAGAGGGGCUGGCCACCGGCUUCUGCAAGGAUGUUCACGGGCAGAUCAAGAUAAUCAAGAGAUUGUCCUUGCGGCAGGCGGCGGAGCAGGAUCUGGUGCAGAUCUACCAGUACAAGAUCCAGGACAGGAACGUCACCUUUUUCGCACGGGGGCUGUCGGCUGCAGUCCUGUGACAGCGCAGAGCCCGGCAGUGUCAGUCCCUGCCUCUGCAGAAGCACCACCAGCACCUCUGAGGAGCAGCACAGCCAACUGACCCGGGAGGGAAGCUCAGACACACCUGGCAGUGGUGCCAACGUGGGAUCAGCCUGCCUGGGGCCUGCUGCAUCCCUUUGUCCUCCCACCCCGUUCCCAACACGCUCAGGCCAAGAAAGGGAGCAAGAACUUGCAAGAAUGGCCCUUAGAGCAUGUAAAUACAGGCAGGGGGUGCCCUGCAGGCUGGGUGUGCCUCGCCUCACCCUUUCCGGUGUGUUGGGCACAGCGUGGCAGUGCCAGGCACUGCACGGAGGGAGCACCCCUCCCUCCCGCUGGCACGGGAGGAGAUGACACACAGCGGGUGGAGCAGGGAUGGUCCAGGAGCCUGGCGCAAUCCUCUCCUUGCUCCCAGCUCUGGCUGGCAGAGAUUUGCCCAGCUCCCAGCUUCCAUGCAGUUGGAAAAUCCACAGCUCGUGUAUAGCCCUCACCUGGCUGUGCUGAGACCUGGGUGCUGCUGUGCUUUAUCCCCUGCGGCUUCCCAAGCUCAUCCUGGGCUUUGUGCUUGGAUAAACCCCUCUGGGAGCCUGUCUCAGCCACUGCUUCCUCAUCCCAACCCUGACUAGCAGUUACGUGACCUGUCUGUGCCGAAGCAGGUUUUUUAUUAAUAAUCCGUAAUUUUAGUGAGAUAAGGGUACAGUGAUUGAGUAA